AUUUACCGCCCCUUAAAUGGACUAAAAAAUGUUCCAUCCUAGACAGCAGUCUAACUGUAAUUGUACUACAUUCAAAUGUAUUAUUCGAGGUGGAUUGAUUCUCAAUCCAUUUUGGUAUUAUUUCUUUAUUUUUAAUAAUCAUAAUCGAUCAAUUGUUAUUAGUUUAUACUGUUUACAGUAUUAACUUAAUAUCGUGGACUAAGAUAUUUUAGUUCGUGGUUAUAAUACUUGUUCAAAUAUUGUAUUAAUUGGGCCAAUAAAUAGAUAUAUAUGUCUUUGAUUGGGCCUUGUCCUUUUGAAAUUAAAAAGAAAAAGGAUAUGUACGGUACAUAUUAGAGAUGCCGUGCCGGAAGCAUGUUCAUGUCAGAUUGCCAAUGACAUAAUAAUAAUUAAAAAAAAAUAAAACAAAAUGUUUAAAUAAAAACAAAACAUCAUAUUUAGCACCUACUGAUCUACCUAUCUACGACUGUAAACAAAUCGGAAGGAAAAUUAGUUCUAGAAUAGGCACAAAAUUUUAUAUUUAAAAAAUGUUUAAUAAUAUACUCUGUUUCACGAGAGAACAUGCCGCGUCACGACUAUAGUAUAGGUUUUUCCUGGCAUCCCCACGUAUUCAUACCACUGAACUGUAUACUAGUAUACACUAUACAGUUCAGUGAUUCAUCCAUAUAUUAUUUGUUUAAACUACUCAAUUCUUGGCUUAAUAGGUUAAAGUCGUAAUGUAUUAACUGUUCCGUAUUUAUUUUAAAUUAUAUUUAAAUAAAUCCUUAAUCCAAGAUUUUCAAGAAGAAAUAUUCGAUACGUAUCAAUAGGGAAUAGUUACGCGUACCGACAGCAAUCUGGUACGUAUCACUUGUAUAUUGCGCGUGUAACUUCUGAACGCUCCAAAUCAACCCGAUACGUAUCGUUACACUCCAAUUUCUUCCUCGAAAACCUUGAUUCAUUGCUGAAUAAUUUCUUUUUUUUCCUAACGGCCUACUGAUACGGAGAUAGUUUCCCGCCAAUUAUAGAAGACGGGCCUCGAGUUGAUAAUAAAUAAUACGAGUACUAAUGUAGUGUAAUACCUAUCGAGAACUGAUGUAGGUAAAAAAAAGGUGCCUACUCGUCUUACUAUUCAGUUACUAUACUUAGGUGAACGUGAACUUGUGAGCACUGAACAGUUUGCCGUCUUUAAAUUUUCCCGGCAUUUUUGUCAUAAGUUGACAAGAACUCGGGAUUCAAGUGUUGUUGAAUUCAUCAGAUUUGUCGCGCAGUAAAACAUACUUGCUAAACGAAAUCAUGCCCAGAAACGUAGAGAUCAAAGCGCGUGUCGAAGACUUGGAGGCCGUCAAACAGCGCAUUUUAGCAUUGAAGUCGAAUGCCGCCUACGACGUCCGCCAGGAUUCCGUGGUCAUGAGACAAAAAGACACGUUUUUCAAUUUGCCGGCAGGUAAAUGUGGCAAAUUGAAACUCAGACAAAUGGGACUUUUUAAUGAGUUAAUUUAUUAUGACCGCGAGGAAAGCACUGGACCAAAGUUAAGUUCUUAUAAUAAAUGCCAAGUAAAUGAAGAUAUAGAAAAAUUACUUACAAAUGCCUUAGGUACGUGGGGAGUCGUGAAAAAAGAAAGAAAUUUGAUACUGGUUGGCCAAACUAGAGUGCAUUUUGAUAGGGUUGAUGGGCUUGGGGAUUUUGUGGAAUUAGAAGUAGUUUUGAACGAUAGCCAAACAGUCGAGGAUGGACAAUCUAUUGCAGAAGACCUGAUGUCUCAUAUGGGAGUUGAAGAAAAAGACUUGAUAUCUGUGGCAUAUGUAAACAUGCUUGUUCAAAAUAAAUCAUAAGACUUUGACAUUUUAUAUAAAAAUAAAUAAAAAAUAUUACUAUUAGGCCCAAAA